CGGUCACCCAGCCACCCCUCUGUCUCUCUGCGAGUCCAUUUCCAAGACUGAUUCCAUGCCGUGCAGAAUCAGCCGGACGUUAUUACACUGGACGCCGUCGUCCUUCGCAAGAAUCCAUUUCGUUUCCGCUCGGAGAAAUCUUUCGGUGGGGAUUUGUGCAUUUCCAAAAACAAAACAAACUUCCGUUGGGGACCUUUGAUGUGUGGACCCUCUCCUCGCUCCGAUUUGGAAAAGGGGUUACUUCGCUCCCGGAUUAUACAACUCCCAACAAUUGACAACUACAAGAAGAAUAACAACAAAAACAAUCAUAACAACAACAACAACCACUGCUACUACUACCACUACUACUAUCUCUACUACUACUACUACUACCUCUACUACUACCUUUACUACUAUCUCUACUACUACCUCUACUACUACUAUUGGCAUUACUGUAACUGCUGCUACUACAACUACUAUUACCACUACUACUACUACCACCACAGCUGCUGCUUCUACUACUACUACUACUACUACUAAGCAAUAACAGUGGUUAACAACUGCAACAGUACCAACAACAACCACCACAACCACAACAACAACAGGAACUUUUGUGAAGCUAUUUGGAAAUAACCAAAUCUUCUUUCAAAUAAUACAAACGCGAAGAAAAAUAAAAUGGCAAGGGGUGGUCAAGGUUGGAACACUGGGUCUGCUCAAUCAGGGUUGGGUUUAAUCUACGGUUAACAACAACACAAGGUAUCCUAUAGAGGAGCAACUGGGCCCGUGAGAAAUAGCAGCUAAAUUGCACAUACAACACACACACACACACACACACACAUACAAAGACACACACACACAUACAAACACACAACCACACGCUCACACACACACAUACAAACACACACACACACCUCACAAGAGAUAUACACACACAAGCAUACAAACACACAACCACACACACACACACACAAACACAUAGAAACACACACAUACACAAACACACACACAUACACAUUCUCUCUCUCACACACACAUAAACACACGCACACACAAGACGCUACGUAAAGGAUGUAUGUACUGGGCAGUGUAGGUUGAUAUAUGUAACAAGACAGGAUGGUCACAUCUGGAGUGUCUUUGAGUAUAAGUCUGUCCAAUGCAGACUGGCUGGCCUGUGGCUAAAUAACAACAACCGCUCUUCCUCAGAUCCCCAACUACUACUACUACUACAACCACCAUCACCACCACAACCACUAUUACUACUACCACUACUAUUACUACUACUACUACUACUGCUGCUGCUGCUAAAACUAUGUCAGUUCUGAACAAACUGACUCUCCAUGUUGGCAGAAGAUACUCAGAGGUUGGCUACCAUUUGGCAGAACAAAAUGCAGACCAAUCAAAGCAGCAAAGCCCAACUGAAGGGGCCAAGGAGACAAUUAACGAGAGAAAUUGUUCAGAGCCGACCAAGAACCAAGAAGAAAUCCUACCGGCAAAGAAAGGCCCCAACGUGGAAUACCUGAAACCCUCGAAUAUGAUGAACGGACUGAGUGUAAACACAGAGGUACAAGAGACCAACAGCUUGGAACAACACACUGUGAGUGGCACGGUCAUGAACUCAUCAAAGAACCCGCAGUCCCCCGUGUCACCCAUGUCACCCCCGGUAAGCCCCAUCGACCAUUCAAAUAGUAAUGGUGUGGAGUUGAAUGCUAAUGUGACCAUCCAUUGCUCAACCAGUGAUAGCCUGGAAGUACCGUCGUUACCUCUGACCACUUGCUCACAGAAUAAAAAUCUGGAAAAUUCUUUGCUGACAUCAAACCAUUGUGCGAAUGGAAAUGCCAUCAUCAAGAAAAAAACCUCCCAGGCGUUUACCAAGUCUGGGAGAAUUUCACCGAUUUCUCAACAGCAGCGCUCUGUUUCUCGUAGCAGUUCUCAGAUGCGCAAGACAGCGUGGGACCGUGCCGAGGAACGGUUUGAGGCAGAAGAGAGCCAACCUGCUUCAAAAGACAUUAAAACUGAACAUUUGACCACUGAGAUACCGGUGUUCUCUGAUACGGAUUGCGGACAAUUCAGUCUGCGGUUCCUUCGGAAGCCGUUCCAGUCGAAAAUUUUUAACAAAACCCUGGAAGAGCUCUACCAGCGUUAUUUCUUCAAACUGAACAAAACCAAUCUCACACUCUUCAUACUCCUCGUCUCGUUCAUUUGCAUCCUUCUCAUCAUCAUCUAUUACGUCGGAGGCAUGAAGCAUUUCGCUCCCGGUACUGUCCUCUCGCUCACCUUUAUCGCCCUGCUCAUACAGGUGGUCGUUUGCAACAAGAGUUGCUUCACUCGUACGCACAUGCGCUACAUGUGCUUCGCAAUGAUCUUUAUUCUGUGCCUCAUUCUUAUCACAGUCAUUACAACCAGCAACCUCCACAGCAUGACAGAAGGCGUUUGGUGUGUAGUAUUCUGUGUCUAUUUAAUUUACGCUCUGCUACCUCUCGAAAUGCAGCUGGCCAUGUUGAGUGGUAUUCUGCUCUGCCUCAUCGACCUCGUUGCUACUCUGCUGCUAAACUACUACGAAGUUUUCACCACAAAACAGGCUUCCUGCAAUGCGCUGCUAUUUCUAGCUGUGAACAUAGCUGGAGUGUUCACUCGCUAUCCAUGUGAAUCAUCCCAGAGGAAGGCCUUCCUGGAAACCCGGCGAUGGAUACAGAUGAGGCUGCAUACACAACGAGAGAAUCAACAACAGGAGAGUCUGUUGUUGUCCGUCCUACCACAGCACAUCGCCAUGGAGAUGAAGUCCGACAUAACAGGACAACCAAAACACACAAUGUUCCACAAGAUUUACCUGAAACGAUAUGACAGCGUCAGCAUCCUUUUUGCUGACAUUUGUGGCUUCACGGAACUCUCCUCCGAGUGCACAGCCAAAGACUUGGUGCAGCUCCUCAACGAACUGUUUGCACGAUUCGACCGCUUGGCCAACGAGAACCACUGUCUACGUAUUAAAAUCCUUGGAGACUGCUACUACUGUGUGAGUGGUUUACCAGAAUCCAGACAGGACCAUGCCCACUGCUGCGUUGAAAUGGGACUAGAUAUGAUUGAUGCUAUCGGCCUUGUCCGUGCUGUCACACAGACUAACGUAGAUAUGCGUGUUGGAAUACACAGCGGCAGAGUACACUGUGGUGUGUUGGGUUUACGCAAGUGGCAGUUUGAUGUGUGGUCUAAUGAUGUGACCUUAGCCAAUGCAAUGGAAGCUGGUGGUCGGCCAGGAUGGGUGCAUGUUACAGAAGACACCCUGAACUAUUUGGGGAACGACUAUGAGGUGAUACCCGGAGAAGGGGACAAACGGAACAACUAUUUGAAGGAGAACAACGUGAAGACUUUCUUCAUCAAAGCAGAUUCUUACAGACAAAAGCCAAAGAAGAUUGAAACGUUGGACAGUAGAACUCCAAAGCAUAAACAACAAAAGAAACUGAGCUUCAAAAGUAACGUCGGCAUCCAUCAGAAACUUGGUUACGGCAAUCAGACAUCAGCAAAAGACCCCGAAGACGAAGUGAAUGAAUACCUCGACCGUGCCAUCGAUGCCCGUAGUGUCGACCAGCUGCGGGCGGAACAUGUCAAGCCCAUAUCCUUAAAGUUCUACAAGAAAGAAUACGAAGAAAAGUACUCCAAAGUGAGAGACGUCAUGUUCUCGUCCCAUCUCGUCUGCAUCGUCAUCAUCUUCAUCACAAUUAUCUUCAUUCAUCUCAUUAUCAUACCCAGAUCCAUACUCUUCAUAUUAAUCAGUUGUGUUGGUAUUGUUUUCCUGCUGCUGCUACUGCUGAUAGUUUUCAUUGAACGUCUCAAGUGUACAUCUCGUUGGCUGACUGUGUUUGGUGCCAAAGUGGCAGAAAACCGUUCCAUCAACCAGGCGACUGUCACCGUAAUAGUGCUCCUCCUCUUUGUGGCAUCAUUCCUUGAUAUGUUCAGUAUGGAAAACACUAAUCUUCUCUCAUGUCUGAAGAACCUCACCAAUGACCAAUUCAACAAUUCUCUCAUGAAGGACCUCAACAUCACAUUGUCUAACGAACAGAACCUAUGUACAAACUUCUUAUCCACAUCACAUUUUCCUGAAUAUUUUACCUUCUGUGUGUUCCUGGCCAUGAUCAGCACUGGUGUGUUCCUUCAGAGCGGAUCCCUGUUCAAGUUGUUCCUCACCGUUGUCAUGGCAACCAUCUACAUCACCCUCGUCUUCACCACUCAGGCGAAUCUCUUUGAUAACAAGGACCUCCUCCUCAAGCUCAACGUCGGCCAUGACAUCCACACAGAGGUACCAAUCUCGAGUAUAGAUCUGAAAUAUGAAACAACAUGCGUGAUAUUCCUCCUGACGGUCAUCCUCUUCAUACAUGCCAGGCAGGUGGAAUCGACAGCACGGCUGGACAGCCUCUGGAAGUGGGAGGCUAUCGAUGAAAUGGAACAGAUGCAGAAUAUGAAGGCCUACAACCUCAAGUUGGUCACCAAUAUCUUACCUUUAAACGUUGCAGAGCAUUUCUUGAAGAGCCAAAUGAAAAAGGAUGAGGUAAAACACACACACACACACACACACACAAUUCUUGAAGAACAACAGUUCUCUUGCAUCCAGAAGAUCAAGACCAUUGGUUACACCUACAUGGCAGCGUCCGGCUUAGACACAGAAGAGAACUUUCCAGAUUCCAAACACAUUGUGGCAUUGGUAGAAUAUGCCUUUUAUAUCCAGCGACAGCUGAAAACCAUCAACCAGCAUUCCUUCAACAACUUCAAAAUGAGAAUUGGAAUGAAUAUGGGUCCAGUGGUCGCCGGUGUGAUAGGGGCCAGAAAACCUCAUUAUGACAUCUGGGGUAACACAGUCAAUGUUGCCAGCCGAAUGGACAGCACUGGUAUGCCCGACUCUAUACAGAUCACCCAAGAACUCAACGACAUCCUCGUGCCUCUUGGCUACAAAACCCAACAGCGCGGCUACAUAAAAGUCAAAGGAAAAGGAGACAUGUUGACUUAUUUCCUGCUUUCACCAUCCGAUUCCAAGUGAGAGCCCAAAAUCUCCUCCAAGACAUUUGAAAGACUUCAAAGACACAGAGGGGAAUAUGGUGCAAACAGUGAAGACCAUGAACAAAGAUUUGCAGUAAAUGAUGUGAACACAUUGAACAAUGUGAACCCAAUGAGCUUUGUAACAGUGAACAAUGUGUUUACUGUCUGAUGUGUUUACUGUCUGAUGAAUGUGAUAGAAAUAUGAGUUAGGACUUCUGAAACUAACAAAUUUUACUUGGUGUUUAUGCAGACACAACAAUACAAACAUACAUACAUAUUUAUAUAUAUAUACACACACACAUACUUAAAUGCAUGCACUUAUAUAUAAUAUGUAGAUGUAUAAUAU